CGAGUUACUCCUUCCGCUUCUGUAGAAGCUUACAGCUUGUUUCGUCCUGCAGCUAAUGAGCCAAGUCAGUCUUCUUGUAUAGGAAACUUUCAUUUAUUUUUUUCAUAUAUCUCUCCUAUUUUGUUGUAGAUUUCUAUAAUUGAAGAUGACAGACCGUUACAACAUCCACAGUCAGCUGGAGCAUCUGCAGUCCAAGUACAUCGGCACGGGCCACGCAGACACCAGCAAAUGGGAAUGGCUGGUUAACCAGCACAGAGACUCGUAUUGCUCAUACAUGGGCCAUUUUGACCUGCUAAAUUACUUCGCCAUCGCUGAGAACGAGAGCAAGGCUCGGGUUCGAUUUAACCUGAUGGAGAAGAUGCUGCAGCCAUGUGGCCCACCUACUGACAAACCUGAAGAUGCUUAGGGAUUGGCUUCUUGGACUGGGCUCUUUCAGUUUUAUGUUUUAUAAGGCUGUGCUCUAGAUGCUUUGAGAGACCCUGGACACAUGGGGUUUGUGGGCGCUCUUUAAAUCCUCUUAUCUGAGGACCAAUGAAUGUUCUCUCUUUUUUUUUUUUUAUUAUUACUCUGUUUUUGGGGGGAAUAUUGAAUUAGUUGUUUGACCACAAGUGUGUUUGAAGGGAAUAAAGAUGAAAAUGUAUUACCCUUACACAAA